AUACCGCUAAAUUAUUGCCAUAACCUCACAAAAACAAUAUUUUGGAAAAACUUGAUUUUCUUAUUUUUUCUUGCUAUUUUUCCUGUAAUUUCCGCAAUGGCAAGUAGAAAUCUCAUCCUCUUGGGUCAGGUGGUUCCGAAUAUAAAGCGAAAUGCGUGCAAAGUGAGAAUUCGAAGGAUGGAUUUAGAUCAAAAUCUCCUUAUGUACUUCAAGAAGGAAGAAUUCGUCUUUGCCCACGAUCCAGAGAAGAAAUGCAAAGUUGGUGACAUUGUCCUUGUGAAGGAACUUCCGCAGAAAUUGAGUACCCUCAUUACACACUCUGUGGAUGUUGUCUAUCCCUUUGGGGAUGUUACUUGUCCAGUUACCGGUAAGAAGGUCGUCGUGGGAAAGUACAGAGAUCACGUGGAGGAGGCAACACAGCUCUAUGGGAAAUCCGAAAAGGCAUUCGACUACACCAAGGCACCCCCGCGUGGACGACAAGAAGGCAUCCGAGAUUUCAGUCAUCAGGAGACGUACAAAAAAUACCACGAAGAUGGCAAAGAUCAGCCUUUUGCGUGGUAGGAAGCACCCGCCAAAUGUAAUUUAUUUUUAGAAAAAAAUUGUACUGAAAUUUCAAGA